AUGGAUGCGCUCUACAACUCCACCGUGAAGGACGCCGCGGCCGAGGCCACGGCGAACCUCCUCAACGGCGUCCGUGACGUUCGUGUUCUCUACGCCGCCGGCGCCGUCCUCUUCACUGCUAUCCUUCUCAGCGGAUUUGAGGCUGGCCGCAAGCUCUUGAAGCGCAUCGUGUGGACUUUCGACCGCAUGCUCGGUGGUGCUCCCCACACCGUCAACCUUCCUGGCCCUCCGGGUCUUCCCAUCGUUGGCAACCUUCUCGAGUUGAGCAAUGGCCACGUCCCUAAGAUUGCCGAGUGGACCAAGAAGUAUGGCGAUGUUAUCCGUGUCUCUCUUGGUGAGCGCGAGGCUGUCUUCGUCAACAGCCACGAGGCUCUUGCCAAAACCAUUGUCAAGCAGGGCCCUGCCUUCCAGUCCCGCCCUACCUUCAAGCUCUUCCACAGCGAUUUCGCCUCGUCUGGUAUCUGGACUGUCGGCACCUCACCAUACAGCGACCGCCUUGUCCGCACCCGCAAGGCUCUCUCCUCCCAGAUUGCUCCUCGUCUCCUUCCCAUCUACACUCCCGUCAUCCACCCCAAGCUGAAGAAGCUCUUCAGCGAGAUCCUCACCAUCAGCCAGGGCCCCGCCGUCGAUAUGGCUGAGAAGCUCCACCGUUUUGGUACCGGUCAGGUCUCUGAGCAGCUUAUGGGUAUUGCCCUCGACGAUGACGUGGUUGGCAUGCUCGCUGAGAACGAGACCAACAUCUUCCGCCAGCGCACCAUUGGUUCUCCCGCUCGUGACUACAUUCCCAUCCUCCGCGCUGCCGGCUGGGUCCGCUACGUGACUGGAAAGGCUCUCGGAAUUAGGAACUGGUCUUUCGAUGAGAAGGAGGAGAAGGCCAAGGAGUACCGCCGCACCCAGCAGGUCUACAUCCAGAAGAUGCUCGGUGACCUCAAAAGCCGCAUUGAUGACGGCGAUGAAACUCCCUCCAUUCUGGGCAACAUCCUUCGUCAGGGUCUGUUGAAGGACGAGGAGGUUCUCCUGGCGUCUUACACCGGCAUUGCUGCUGGCGUCAAUCUUGGCUACUCUCUUACCUGGAUCAUCGGCUACCUCGCCAACCGCCCCGACUUGCAGCAGAACGGCUAUGAGGCCAUCCGUGAGGUUUAUGGCGGCGAGCCCCCCAAGCCCCAUGAGUAUGACCGCGUCGAAUACGUCAAGGCUCUGCACACUGAGGGCUCUCGCAUCUACACUCCCGUCCGCCUUGGUUUCCCCCGUCAGACUCUCGAUGGCGCCCAAUAUGAGGGCGCCAAGAUCCCCAAGGACAUGCUUGUUAUCAUGAACCUGAUGGCCGGCAACCGCGACCCCGUUGCUUUCGACCGCCCCGAUGAGUACCUCCCUGAGCGCUGGCUGAACGGCCGCAAGGGCCGCACCGACAUGCUCGGCCAGGGUGGUGAGAAGCUUGGUGUUACCCAUCUGACCUACGGCUGCGGUCGUCGUGUCUGCCCCGGCAUUGACAUGGCCAACCGUGGUCUCUACUCUACUCUCGUCCUUCUCCUGCACUUCUUCACCUGGGAGCGCCAGCCCCUCGGCGAGGAGCAGAAGAAGGCGGUCUUCCCUCCUUUCCGUGCCCAGCGCGAGUGCUCUCUUGAGAUGGACGCCAUCAAGGACACCGCCACUCCCACCGAGGCCCAGGCCAUCCCCUGGUCCGCCGGUAUCAAGUUCCGCUGCCGUGACCCUGCCGGCCUCCGCGCCUGGCUCGAGUCUGCGGAGACCUAAACGGGUUCUCAUGACGUGAAAAGAAAAAAGGACACACAGGAAGUUCACUGGCGUCGUUUGGCGGUCUAUAUUGUUGCCCCCUCCCAAAAGUGGUUUAGCUCUCCCCGGAUGUUGUUUGUUUUCCCCUUUUUACCCAUGUUAUGCACAGCACAGCCAGUGACAUUCAUUUUCGGACUGGAUUUAAAAAUGAAUUUAAAAUGGGAGGUAGAGCUAUUUUUUGGGGACGGAGUACAGUACCGAAAAAAAUAAAAAGACUUUUUUUCCUC